AUGGCGAGGCCGCUCCGUGGACCUGGCCCCCACACGACACUCCUUCAACCACCACCACCGCUCGGCAGCGUGAUGGACGGCCGCCCAGAGUCAUACUUUGACAGCCAGCAGGACGCGACCGACAUCUACGACCUGUACGACUCGUACGGCCGCGAGAGCGUGUAUUCCGUGGGCCGCGAGUCCGUGUACGACGAUGGCGGGGGGCUUGCAACAGCGCCAGGACCGAGCCCAUUGCGUUUCCCUAACAAGGAGCUGGCACCUCUGGACGGGUCGACUGAGAGCGACGGCGUCGUCGCAAUGGACAGCGUCCCGGGACAAGGCCUAGCCAGUCCAGACGUCUUGCGUCGGCCAUCAGACACGCCGGCAUGGCACGCCGUCGACCACCCACCGCCCGUCAUGGCCGGCUGGUCGCGCCGCCCCUCGGCCCAUUCUGAUGUCGGAGGCGGUGGAGGGGGCGGUGGCAGCGGUGGCAGCAGCAGCGGCAGCAGCAACAGCACUGCUGCAGGAGCCAUGGGCAUGAGUGGUGUUCCCCAAUGGGCACCAGAACCACAACACAUCCACCCGUCGUCCAACCCGUCGUCUCCAGCCGGCCUCGGUGCCCCCUUGUCCGUCGUCACCACUGGCGUGCCAAGCCUGGUCAUGAGCGCCAACACUGCCCCGUCCAUCGCGACUACUGUGACGCCCACGACGCCGACUGCAUCCAUCCCAGCAGCGUCGGCACUACCACCCCAUGUCCGCACAUCUGAACGGAACCUGGCGGCGGCGGUCGAGGACCCUUCAGCAGCGACCCUCAGCCCGACAGGGUCAAGCGCCUCUUCGCCCGUGCACGCGAGUAUUCGGCGGAUACACAGCACCCAGCGUGUUGCCAGCCAGAUGACUGGCAGCAGCGGUAUCUCGUCCGUCUCGUCAGUCGCCCUGUCCCCCGGCGGCAUCUCGCAGGCCAGUCUUGUGUCGACACAGUACCCAGGCGAGGAGGCCGAUGCGUUCCAUGUGCGGUCAACCUACGCACGCCUCGAGGUCGAGGGUGUGCAUGGCGACGGAUGGGACGAGGGUGUGGAGCGGACCCGAGGUGGGGCUGCCAACGCGCCUGAGCGCAAAACGAUUGCGUUCCCCGCGCCAGGCGCCAUUACCGACCAAGAACGCAACUUUAUCAAAAGUCUGGAUCGGUACGGCUUUGUCAACCAGCCAACGCGGUCGCGCUCCGAGGGCAGGCUGGCCUUUGUGCCGGCUGCGCCGCUGAAAAAGGUGCCCAAGCUCGGCCUCUCGCCGUCGCCUAGACCAAAGUCCAAAGCGGCGUCGGGCCCCGUCAAGCCGCCCCCAUCGCCAACGCAGCCUCCCGAGCAUCCUCCCAGCGGCGCCGCGACCAAGGCCCGACGAAAGGAGGAGGAACGCGUGUCCAAGUGGAUGAAGAUGAUGAGCGUGGCUGAGCGGGACAAGGGCGGGAACAUUACCGCCUGGAAAUGGAGCGCACACGGCGACGGCGCAAAGCACCCGACACGCGUCUACAAGGGCGUUCCCGACCGCUGGCGCAUGGCGGCAUGGUGGACCAUGGCCGAGUCGCGGUCGAGCAAGGCCGGUCGCCAGCCGAGUCACCAGGCCCUCGAGGCCGAGUACCUCGCACGCAAGGAAGCGCCCAGCACAAGCGACGUCCAGAUUGACCUGGACGUUCCGCGUACCAUUUCGGGCCACGCACUGUUCCGCACGCGCUUUGGACAUGGCCAGCGCGCCCUCUUCCACGUCCUCCACGUCUUCUCCUUGUCGUGUGGCACAUGCGCCUACUGUCAAGGCAUGGGCAGUGUGGCUGCCACGUUGCUGUGCUACUAUGAACCAGAGCACGCGUAUACCCUCCUUGUCCGGAUGCACGACCUGUACGACCUCCACGGCAUCUUUGCGCCGGGCUUCCCGGGCCUUCUGGAGACGCUCUAUGUCCAGGAGAGGCUCAUGGAGUUUGUCAUGCCAGACCUGUAUGAUACCUUUAAACAAAACAUGAUCUCCUCGACUGCAUGGGGCACCAAGAUUUACAUCACGCUCUUUGUCAACACGAUGCCCUUCAACGUCCAGCUGCGCAUCUGGGACGCCUUCUUCUUGGACGGGUACGACGUCAUGAUCGUGACCGUCUUGGCCCUGCUGUGGGCCUUCAAGCCGCUCCUCGCUGCUCCCGGCGCCGACUUUGAGUCCAUCCUGUCCCUGCUGUCGAGCUACUUUGUGCCCGAGGACGACGACGCGCUCAUGUCCUGGGUCCGCAAGUUUCUGUGGCAGCCCGGCGUCAAGGAGCGGAUGGCUGCGUGGCGGCAAGAGUGGCGCGGGCUCGUGCAGCGCGGACAGACGGAUGGCAAGCUGUUGUAA